AUGCCCGUCUAUUGCAUCACCGGCACCAACCGCGGGCUGGGGCUCGAGUUCGUCCGGCAGCUGGCCCAGUCCGGUGACAACACCAUCAUCGCCGCCGUCCGAUCUCUGUCCUCGGACCUGACCGACCUAAAGGCGGUAGCCUCCCCCUCCACCCACAUCCUCGAGUGCGACACGGGCGACAUCCCGUCCAUCCACGCCUUCGUCAAGGCAGUCGCCCGCACCCUCGGCGAGGGCAAAAAGAUCGACUACCUCCUCAACGUGGCCGGAGUGAAUCUCGCCUCGUCACAGAGCUCGCUCAACCUCGGACCAGACGAGCUGCACGCCCAGCUGAGCAUCAACGUGAUCGGCCCCGCCAAGACGGUGGAGCUGUUCCUCGACGCGGGCCUGCUGUCGCCCGACGUGCGCGUCCUCAACAUGACGUCCGGCCUGGCCAGCAUCCAACUCAGCACGCAGUCGGCGCGCAAGUGCGCCGGGUACUCCAUCUCCAAGGCGGCGCUCAACAUGCUCACCGUCCACCAGAGCGCCGACCUCCGCGCGCAGCUCCCCGGCGCCGUGGUUAUCGUCAUGGACCCCGGGUGGGUCAAGACGAGGAUGGGCGGUGCCGGCGCCCAGUUGGAGCCGAGCAAGAGCAUCGGUGACAUGCUCGUCGUUCUGCACGGGCUACGCCCCGAGGACACGGGGUCCUUUUAUUGCCACAACGGGGAGAAGCUCCCGUGGUAA